AUGGUGAAAAUCCCAGUAUUCGAGGUGGAACAAUGGAUGGACAAAUAUGAGACUACGCCUGGCGUGUUAAAUAUUGCUGAGACUUGCUGCUCGUCCAUCUCGAUAGACCAGCUGGUCCAAUUCAACAGCAACCAAGGAAAGGACAGUCGUCCACUCAUUGACUUCUCCAAGGCACUCACAUACGGCUCCAUCAGGGGGUCCGAUGAGCUGCGCCAGAACAUCGCAAGCAUAUACAAUGAAGAUGAGGCGGGAGCUUUCACCCCCUUAUCCCAUGAGGAGGUCCUUGUCAUGCAAGGCGCUAUAUCUGCCAACUAUCUGGUACUAUACAGUCUUGUUGGGCCCCAAGAUCACGUUAUAUGCGUGUACCCAACUUACCAGCAACUCUAUGCCGUCCCCGAGUCACUAGGGGCCGAGGUCUCGCUUUGGAAAUUAAAGGCAGAGAACCAGUACAUCCCCGACGUGGCGGAGCUUGAAACCUUGAUCAAGAGCAACACGAAGAUGAUCAUCCUCAACAACCCCAACAACCCCACAGGCGCAACGAUCCCGCGAGAAGUCCUCUCCAAAAUCAUCGACGUCGCACGCCAACACGACAUCAUCGUCUUCUCCGACGAAGUGUACCGCCCUCUCUUCCACAGCCUCUCGCCCCACGAGAUCCCCCCCUCCGCCCUCUCCCUCGGCUACUCCAAAGUCGUCGUCACGAGCUCCAUGUCCAAAGCCUGGGCGCUAGCGGGCAUCCGCGUCGGGUGGCUCGCGUCGCGCGACCCCUCCAUCAUCGAGGCGGUCGCCUCCGCUCGCGACUACACCACCAUCAGCGUCUCGCAGCUCGACGACCAGGUCGCGCGGUACACGCUCAGCCGCGACGUGCGCCCGCAGCUGUUGAGGCGCAACAUCGCGCUCGCGCAGACGAACCUGCGCAUCCUCGACCAGUUCGUCCGCGACCACGCCGACGUGUGCAAGUGGGCGAAGCCGACGGCGGGCACCACGGGACUGGUGCAGUUCCGGGGGAGAGCAGACGGGAAGCCGGUUGAUGAUGAGGCGUUCUGCAAGGACGUGCUGGAGAAGACGAAGGUCAUGUUCUUGCCGGCGGCGCGGUGCUUCGGGCACGGGGUCACGGACGCCUUUGAUGGGUGCGUGCGCAUUGGGUAUGUGAGUGAGACGGAGGUGCUGAGGGAGGCGUUGGAGGAGCUGGAUGGGUAUCUAGCUGAGCAUCUUUGA